GAAGUUCGUCCUCAGUGCAGGUCAACAGCUGUUAAAAUCAUGUCUGCUUUUCUGCAUCACUGCCCAUUCUUGAAGUCAUCUCCAGGCCCUUCUGCGAGGAAAGUGGCCACAUACCUCAACUUGGCUGACCGAUGCCCCAUCAUUGUCCGCCAGAUCUCGGCAAAAGCUGCUCAAUCCUCUGAGCAAAAUGGCCUUCUCCCUCAUAAAGAGCCAAAGCGGCAGCUGGCGACCACAGCGACUCAGGUGGCGGUCUCCAUGUCCCAGAGCUGCCCUUUCGUUUCAUCCAAGAUCGGACUGGUUAAAGCCAGUCCACAAGUGCAGGAGGAUGUCCAGCCCAAUCUGGAGAACCAAGACACCUCAGGUUUGAUAAGCUCUCUGUUCAGUGGCUUACAGAGUCAUCAGUCCACUGGUCCUACACACCUUCUUCAGGACAACUUUAACCGCCCCACUUUCAGCUACGAUGAAUUCUUCACUCAGAAAAUUGUGGAAAAGAAGAAGGACCACACCUACCGUAUCUUUAAGACUGUGAACCGUUUUGCGGAGGUUUUUCCUUUCGCUGAGGACUACUCUAUUGCAGGACGCUUGGGCUCUCAGGUGUCUGUGUGGUGCAGUAAUGAUUAUCUGGGAAUGAGUCGACAUCCCCGUGUGGUCAAGGCCAUUGGUGAUGCUUUGAAGAAGCACGGAGCAGGAGCAGGUGGAACCCGAAAUAUCUCUGGGACGAGUAACUAUCAUGUGGCCCUGGAGAAUGAACUGGCCCGUCUACACCAGAAAGAUGGAGCGCUGGUCUUUUCUUCCUGCUUCGUAGCCAAUGAUUCUACACUUUUUACUUUGGCUAAAAUGCUUCCAGGUUGUGAGAUCUACUCAGACAUGGGCAAUCAUGCCUCCAUGAUCCAGGGCAUCAGAAACAGUGGGGCCAAACGUUUCAUUUUCCGACACAAUGAUGCCAGCCAUCUGGAGGAACUGCUGAGCCGCUCAGAUCCACUGACCCCCAAAAUCGUGGCCUUCGAGACUGUGCAUUCAAUGGAUGGUGCAAUUUGCCCUCUUGAAGAGCUGUGUGAUGUGGCACACAAAUAUGGAGCUCUGACUUUCGUGGAUGAGGUCCACGCUGUCGGCCUGUAUGGAGCUCAUGGAGCAGGUGUAGGAGAGAGAGACAACGUCAUGCACAAGAUUGAUAUUGUCUCUGGAACUUUGGGCAAGGCGUUUGGCUGUGUGGGUGGGUACAUCGCCAGCACUGCUGCCCUGGUGGACACUGUACGCUCCUUCGCUGCCGGUUUUAUCUUCACUACCUCCUUGCCCCCUAUGGUGCUGGCGGGGGCUCUGGAGUCAGUGCGAGUGUUGAAGAGCGAUGAAGGACAGGCUUUAAGGAGAGCCCAUCAGAGAAAUGUUAAGCACAUGAGACAGCUGCUGCUGGACGCUGGACUGCCUGUGGUCAACUGCCCCAGCCACAUCAUUCCCAUACGAGUUGGAAAUGCAGCGAAAAAUUCGGAGGUGUGUGAUAUUCUGUUGGAGAAGCAUAACAUCUACGUGCAGGCGAUAAAUUACCCAACAGUGCCUCGCGGAGAGGAGCUGCUGCGAUUGGCUCCUUCCCCAUUCCACAACCCCAUCAUGAUGAACUACUUUGCAGAGAAACUGCUGGAUGUCUGGCAGGAGGUCGGACUGCCUCUGAAUGGACCAGCUCAGGCAUCCUGCACCUUCUGUGAUCGGCCUCUUCAUUUUGACCUCAUGAGCGAGUGGGAGAAGUCUUAUUUUGGUAACAUGGAGCCAAGAUACAUCACUGUGGCUGCACAAUGAGUCCGUUUCAACAACUCAAGAUGUAGAUCUUCCAUCAGAUUACACUGACACUUCAAACCAAAAAAAUCCUCUUCCAAUACUAAAUGAAACAAUGGUAUAUAAGAUAAAACUAGAGGGUGCUUAAAAUGUCUUAAAUUAUUUAAAACAUGUUUUUCUGUAUUGUUUGCUGUGGUUUAGUGAUGGAAAGAUAAUUUGUUGUAUUUGAGUUAAUGUACUGCUAAAAUUAGUUAUUGAGAUAUUGGUUAAAUCCCAUGUUAAUUGUGUCCUUACCUGCAUGACAACAAGCCUGCACAUGGACACUUUUUGAUUAAUCUCAAUUAUUGUUUUUAAUAAUACUUUAAGAUGUUGCCUGCAUGUAAGAUCAUCUUUAAUAACAACAUGCCUUAAGUCUUCUUCCUGUUUUGGACCAUUUUAUUCUCCUGGACUCAUAGAAAUUCAUUAAAUGUGGUCAGUUUAAAGAAAACGUUUCUGAUAACUUGUUUUAACCACAUGGUUACAGUCAGAUCUCAACAAAAACAACAGAGUCUGAACACUCUAAAGUUGUCACUUUAGUUGUUUUGAAUGGGCCCUCUUUCUAAAAAAACACCACACUGCCACCUGCCGGAAUGUAUUGGAAAUGUUUAAAACAUUAAUAAAUAAUAUAAUAAAUGUAUUUGAACAGUGGAUAAAAAAAUAAAGAAGCUGAACACCA